AUGUCCCAAAGCCAGCAUUCUGACUUUUUACCUACUCUUUACGAUGCGGAUACAGAUAACCUUAGCUAUCUCAUACCCUCUUCUCGAGUUCCAACCCCAUCUGGUAGCCAGCUCACAAUUGAGCCUUUUGAUGCUAUUGAUACUGACUUCCUUCGGCCCUCCAACCUUCUACCAAUUCCACACUCUCUUACUCGCGUUGGCCCCGAUCGGAGAAAGGCAUAUGUGCUUUAUGACAAUAUGGCAUAUGAAGAAUGGGUUGAGUGGUGGCUACAAACCGACUAUGGGCAGAAAAGCAAGAUUUCCUGGGAUUCAAAUCGCAAUUCAAAUAUAUGGAGCAACUUCGACCAAGUUGCCUAUACCAAAGAUGGUGCGCCAAAGGUGAUGUCCCGCUCUGCACCAUCUCUCCCUCCGAUACCCUCUGCUACCACAAUACGUCGUCGUUUACGUGAUGUGAUCAUAGAACGACAGAAAUCUAUCCUCCAAACACUACCCAACGACGCAAAAAUCUCGAUCGCAUUAGAUUGCUGGACUUCUCCAUAUAACCAGGCGUUCAUGGCUAUCACUGGCUAUUUUGUUGAUAGUAACUGGGUAUACCAAGAAGUUCUACUUGGAUUUAAACCACUUUAUGGCUCCCAUACCGGUUUAAAUCUAAGUGGUGUACUCCUUGAAACUCUAGUUGAGCACAAGAUCCAGGAUCGGGUAUUUGGAGUCACAACUGAUAAUGCAACCAACAACAAGACAAUGGUUGAGGCUAUUCAGCAGGCGCUCUCUAGCGAUGUGACAGUAAUCCGAAUACCCUGUCUUGCCCAUGUUAUCCAGCUUUGUUUGAACCAGCUCCUUGAUCGUUUAAAGGCCAUCCCUCUAAAUGAGAAUGCAGAAACAAAGUGGACUGACCAGAAGUCAUCUGCAGCAAAGGCAAAUGCUCAGCACCAGACACGGAGGAUCUCAUACACCUUAAACAAGGUCCGUUAUCUUGCUGUGUAUAUCCAUGCAAGUCCGCAACGCCAGGCGGCCUUUCUCCGACUUCAAGAAAAGGGAUCCCAGCUUGUUCCAAUCCAGGACGUGAGGACUCGGUGGAAUUCUACCUUCUUGAUGCUUCGUCGUGCAAAGAGACUACGUAGUUUCUUCCAGCCCUUCUGUGAGGAGUAUGACUGUGAGGAGAUGUUGCUUGAUACUCAAGAAUGGCGUCAAAUUGACUAUCUUCUACAAAUCACUCGGCCAUUCUUUGACUACACAACAGAGCUCUCGAAGACAAAGGAGGUCACCACACAUCUUGUCUUUAAGAUUUACAAUGCCCUCUUUGAUCACUUUUUUGAAGCAGAGGCGCUGCUCAAACGCAAGCGUGUUCCAUGGAAAUCAGACAUGCUCAAAGCACUCAUAGCUGGUCGCUUGAAACUUGAUGAGUACUACUCUCAAACCGACAAUCUUAAAGGACAUAUCUAUGCAGUUGGGACAAUGCUGGCACCUGACAGCAGAUUUCAGUUCUUUCUAUCUGAUAAUUGGGAGCCUCACUGGCGUGAUACCUACCGGAAAUCAUUCCAGGAAUUAUUGAUUCCGUAUCAAGAGCGCCUUACAAUGAAUCAAGGAUCGACUAAUACUCCAACAAUAGCAUCAUCUAGUUCUAGGCUGAACAUGAUGCUAAAGAGUAACAAGAUAUCCGCAAAACCAGCUGGUGAUGAGAUGACUCAAUAUCUCGAUAGUGAUCUAAUUGAUAUUGAACCUCUUCAAUUCUGGCGGGAGAACCAAUCUCGUUUCCCUGCGAUUGCGUUACUUGCUCGCGAUAUUCUCUCUAUUCCAGCAACUGGUGCUGGUGUCGAACGGCUCUUCAAUACUGCUCGGGAUGUUUGUCACUACCGCCGUGGUCGUCUGAAGUCCGAAACAAUCGAGGAGCUUAUGUUGUUUCUAUGUGCAACAAGAUUCAAUAUUAAGGAUUCUGAGGCAAAGCAGCUUGAGCAGUUCUUUACACUAGCUGAGAUUGAGUCAGCGAAGGAGCAGAACGAUGAAUAUACAGAGGAUGCUGAGCUUGACCUGAUUAGUGAUAAUGAAGAGGAAGAAGGACUGCUGAAUCACAUUAGUGGUAACAACUCUAUUAAAGUCCCGAGGCAGGUAGUGGACUACCUGAAAUCGAUUCAGGAGCUCACUGCCGACCUCAUCAAGAACCCGAUCGGCCAGGACUGGAAACAACAAUUUGAACAGCUGCGCCAGGAAACCAGCCAGAUCAAACAAGACAUUCAUGCGGUAAGAAUUGCCUCAUCCAACGCCAAUAUGAAUCCCAGUGGAUCGAACAGGAUCCGCUCGUACGUCGAUGCGAUCAAAAGCGCGCCGCCGCCGACUCACUUCCUGUCGAGCCAUGGAUCGGCAUCGACCAGCCCCGCAACCCCCUCCGAUCUCAUCCAGGACCGCCAGCUUAUUGUCAAAUUGGGUGAUUCCGAUGGCAUUAAAUUGUUCCGUACCCGAACCCCAGCCGAAAUCACGAAGGUUGCUGAGAAAGCGCGCGUGAAGGCGGCAAAGGCCACGGACGGGCUCACAGUCGCAUCGGCCAAGUUUGUCGCGGCCAGACAACUGAAAUCCGGUGAUCUCUCGCUCAGCCUGCGUACUGCGAAGGAGGCGGAGAUUAUGCGGUGCCAUCGGCUUACUUGGGUGAAACAUUUAUGGAAGGGAUCGGAGGUGCGGCUGCCGAGCUGGGGGGUUGUCAUUCACGACGUGAAUGUACGUUCGCUUAGGAUUAAUUCGGCGGCAGGACUCACUGAGCCGGGCCGGAAACAGGCAAUCUGUAAGCAGCUGCCUACCGAGAACCUAUUCCACUGGGGAGACGAGGCAGAGAUCACGCAGAUCUCGUGGCGGGUCCUCUCGGAGGGGAAGAAAUCUGGUUCGCUGAUCGUGGAAUUCUCAUCACCGCAUACUGCGAACAAAUCAAUUAAUAAUGGAACACUCUGGGACUCGGAGAUGCUUACCACGGUCCUGUACGACCGGGCUGCGCGCAUUCGCCAAUGCCACAACUGCCAGAAAUUUGGACACAUAGGAAACACCUGUUCCAACGAAACAAGGUGUGUCUUUUGCGCUGAAAAGCAUCACUCUCGAGACUGCCAGCGCAAAAGGGACGCAACACUCAGUGAACGUAAGUGCGCCAACUGCGGGGGCGCACACAACGGAUGGUCGAAGCGGUGCCCCGACUUCAUCAACGAGAUUGAGAGGGUACAGGCUCUCGCCCAGGCGAGAGAACGGUACCACCGGGUGCCGGCAUACCUCUCAAUCGGGGAGACCAGGCAGGUGACGCCGGCUGCCACAUCAGUAGGAUCCGGAAGCUCUGGAGGUAGCGGCUCCAGGACUUCCACCAGAGAGAGCUCUACAAAGAAGAGCUCUACAGAGAAGAGCUCCACGAAGGAAAGCUCUGCAAAGGGGGCCUCCACGGAAGGAGGCUCCGGAAACAGAGCUGAAACGGCCUCACAGCCAUCAAACGAACCAAGCUCAGGCCAACCGGCAAGCUCAGGCCAACUAGCAAGCGAGCCGGAACCAGAGGAUACAGAGAUGGCCGGUUUCACAGUGGGGGAGGCCGAGGCCGGCGCGAUUGGUGAAUCAAUCCGCCAGUCGACACAGAGGCCAAGGGGGCUCAGCCAGUCGAUACAUGCGCCGCUGCCGGCAGGAACACGCUCUGAGCCACCAAGACGCAGGGCACCCAGCCGGGCGUCAACGACAUCAUCGGCCACAACCAGGAGCAAAGGACUGCUCAGGUCAGUGCUUGAGGCAAGCGAGGCAAGCUCAGGCACAACGCCGAAACGGGCAAGGGACGACACAUACAUCGUCACCGAUCAGGAUGUGAUCCUACCAGACCCACCAUCGUCAUCGGCGCCGGCGGCAUCAGCAAGCGAGUACCAACCAUCUGUACUCUCACAGAUCAGCGGAAACAAGCGCGCGCCAACCGGCAAGCAGAGGGCUGGCAAGCAGGACACCAUCUUCCAAACCAGUAUACCAAGAUACAACACAGUGCGUACGCCAGGCCCGCGGGGCAAGAACAAGCGCACACUUGACGACCAAGUCAGCUUUACCAAAGAGAAGAACCCGCCAAUUCACCAAGAAACACACCGAAACAACAUCCAAGAUCCAAUGAAUAAUACACCACUCACCAUCAUCCAAUACAACACGCACCGGUCAAGAGACGUCGUCAUGGCGGACUUCCUGGCAAAACCAGGGGUCGUCCAGGCGGACGUUAUUGCGGUACAAGAACCGUGGGAAAACCCAUACAACGAUACCACAUACCACCCAUUGAAACAGACGCACGAACUGCUCUUCCCGUCCAGUACAGAGACUGGGGCGAGAGCGAGAGUGUGUAUAUAUAUCUCCAAGAGAAUCGGUACCAACUGGACCCACCACGCGCAUAGUGAGUUCUGCCAGGAAGUGAGGUUCCAAACGGGAGCAGGAGAGAUCUGUUUCUUCAAUAUAUAUAACGAAUGCGGUACUACCGGUACGGUAGACCUUCUCGGCAGCCUGCUGCACGAUACCCGGAAACAUAUUGUGAUCGUUGGUGAUUUCAACCUACACCACCCUGCGUGGGGUGGGAUCCAGGCCACACAGGACUCAGGCUCCGACAAGCUAAUCGAGCUGUGCGACGAGGCUGACCUGGAUCUCUGGCUGGAGCCUGGAACGAUCACGAGAGAUCAAAACGGGGAACAGACGACAAUCGACCUAGUAUUCGGCACGCCGGCUCUCACGGAGAGACUGGUAGUAUGCGAGCUGGCCUUAGACUGCCACGCAGACUCCGACCACCUCCCGAUCCGCGCGCUGCUUGACGUAGGUAUAGCACCAGCCGUGGAGACGAAGAGACGGCUCUGGAAGGCCAUGGAUGCCGAGAAAUUCGACCUCUUUGUAGCAGACAACCUGCCAACACCGCCACAACUGACAACCCCCCCUCAAAUUGACGCCGCAGUAAACCAUCUGGUCGAGAUCGUACAACGUGGCGUACAGGAAUCAACUCCGUGGGCACAUCCCAGCCCGCAGGCGAACCCUUCCUGGACGAAGCAUUGCGGCGAGUCAGUCAAACACUCCCGCCGCAUGUAUCGUCAGUAUCUUGCAACACACAGUGAGGAGGACUGGCAGGUAUACAAACUGGCAAGGAAUCAGAAGGGAAGGGUGAUCAAGGCUGCUCUCCGACGAGGCUUUAGGAGUUUCAUCGAGGAGGCAGUUGACCAAGGCCCACAAGGACUGUGGAGAGUAGCGAAAUGGGCCAGGAAUAGAGGUCAGCAGCAAGGCAGUACGAUGCCAGUACUGAAGGCCGCCGGAGGGGGGACUGCAGAAAGCGACACAGAGAAAGCCAACCUCCUCCGUGAAGUGUUCUUUCCGCAGCCACCAGCUGCCGACCUCUCCGACAUACAACGAGGCACCAGCCAGAGAGAGCAGUUCCAACUCCCCCCAGUCACCACCACCGAGGUAAAAGCGGCGAUCAAGAGAGCGCCGCCAAACAAGGCACCAGGAUACGAUACCCUGCCGAACAAGGUAUGGAGGAUACUGGCUGAGCAAGGCUCACGAUCGGAGGCGAGAUUUAUUCCGCUACUUGCUGCCAUUUUCGACGUAUGCAUACGACUCGGUCACAACCCCAGACACUUCCAAACCUCUAUUACAGUCACAUUACGGAAGGCAGGACCACGAGACUACCGAGUCCCAAAGUCAUACCGACCAGUCGCAUUACUCAAUACACUCGGCAAGAUCCUCGAAUCGAUCGUCGCAACCCGGAUUGCGUGGCUCGUGGAGGAACACAAACUGCUCCCGGAUACUCAUCUCGGAGGAAGGAAAGGGAUCUCUGUUGAUCAUGCGAUCCAGCUGAUCCUUGGACGGGUACACCAGGCGUGGGGAGAAGGUAAGAAGGCAAGUAUGUUACUCCUGGAUGUAGCUGGCGCGUACGAUAUGGUCUCUCACGAGAGGCUACUUUUCAAUAUGCGGCAGCUAGGACUGGGGGCGCUCGCCGCCUGGGUACAGUCCCUUCUCACAGGUCGGAGUACACGAAUCAAGCUGCCAAAUGGCCAUCUCAGCGAGGCAUUUCCUACACCAACCGGCAUACCACAAGGCUCUCCAAUCUCACCAAUCCUAUUCCUCCUUUUUAACGCUCCACUGGUACGCGCCUGUACACUACGGGGGCUACACUAUGGGGAGAGCGAGGCAUACGGCUGGGUGGAUGAUGUAUGCAUUCUUGCAGUCUCAAAAAGCUAUGAAGAGAACGUCCAGGUGCUGGAGAAAGCCCUGCAAAGGGCAAGCUCUUGGGCCAAGAAACAUGCCGCGAAAUUCGCACCCGACAAGUUCGAACUAAUACACUUCGCCAACCCAAAAAUCAAACUCGAUAUAACACAACCGGCCCAGGUGACAGACAUCUGGGAGAUACCAGAUGACCCGUCGGGUCAUGACGGUAUGCCGGUUACAAUACCGGGCGACACACCAACAACUCUUACACCAACCGAUACAGCCAAAUACCUUGGGAAGAUGCUUGCAAAGGGAGCUGGCAGUUUGGAAGCGCUCCGCGGGAUCUCAGGUUCCACUUGGGGAUCAUCACUGAUCGCAAUGCGGAAGGUAUACCAGGCAGUCAUCAUUCCACAGAUGCUAUGGGGACUGUCUGCGUGGUACUGUCCGGCUGCCAGGUCAAUGCCAAGAGGCGACCUCGACAAGCUCACCAACGAACUCACAAAAAUACAGAAACGCGCAGCAAUCCUGAUCAGCGGAGCCUUCCGCGGAACAGCAGGGGCAGCGCUCGACACAGAACUGUUUCUCCUUCCAAUCAAAUUACGACUACAGCAAGUCGUCGAAGAAACCGCCAUCCGGAUCCUUACCGGCCCGCAGCGGGCAUGCCCAACAGUCGCAAAAGCGACAAAUACCAGGAAACCAACACAAAGGAGACUCGGAGGAUGGUCUCCGACCGAGGCAAUCUCACAGAAGAAGCCUUUACGACUACAAAUAGGAGAAAAAUGGGAGGAAAAACAAGCAUUCGUGCUUGCUCCAUGGGAGGCACCACUCCCAUGCUAUAUUGAGAAUCAGGAAGCCGCACUGAAAACUCAUGAUACCCUAUAUGAAGAUAUCCUCUGUGACCAACUGGAGCGGGAUUCAAUACUUUUCACAGACGGGAGCGGACUUGCAGGACACAUCGGCGCAUCAAUGAUCAGUCUCCAACAAGGAGUCAGCUCGCAAAGACGAUACCUUGGGACUGAUUCCCAGUCCACAGUAUACGUCGCCGAGCUCCACGGCAUUGAAAUGGCUCUUGCAAAAACCAGGAAAGAACAGGCUCGAGAAGUGACCAUUUUCUCUGACAGCCAGGCUGCCAUCCAGGCAGUCCAAAACCCACAGCGGCCGUCUGGCCAGUACGUGCUUGGACUGAUAUACGACCACGUACGAGCUAUCCGGUCGCAAAACCCUCAAAAACUAACGAAUGUCACCAUUAGGUGGAUCCCCGCACAUGUUGGUGUGGACGGUAAUGAAUAUGCCGACUGCGAAGCGCGAGGUGCAGCACUUCUCGGUGCGGGGAUGGGAGUUGCGACCGGGACGGGAGAACCGAUUAUCCGCCUCGCCGCAGCUGCUAAGAGAGCGGUACACCAGCGAAUCAGAGAGCGAUGGGAGCGGCAGUGGGAGCGCGAGACAACCUCCGCACCGACAAAACGCUUGGUGCAAGCGCCGAACAAGAAGACGCUCCGACUGUACGAAGGACUGGCGAAGCCGCAGUGUGCAAUCCUGAUUCAGAUGCGCACGAUGCGGAUCGGACUGCGUCACUUCUUGUUCAAGAUCAAGGCGGCAGAGUCCGACCGGUGUCCAUGCGACGAGGGCUCGCAGACACCAAAACACAUCCUGAUGCAGUGCCCGCGGUAUAUCUUCCCGCGCACGAAAUUAUGGGACCAGUUGUAUGAUCUCGGCAUCGAGAUGGAUUAUGACAAGAUCAUUUCGAACCCGCAGGCCACCCGCUACGUGGUCAAAUUCAUGCACCAGACAGGUCUUCUCCAGCAGUUUCAACAUGUUGGGAUCGAGGAUGACGACGACGACGAACCGGUAGGCGUUGCGGCAAUGGAUCUAGGUGUGGAAGACGAUGGGUAUUAG